AUGCUGGAAGACAACCCCCAAGAGAAUAGUCCCUCGGAGAACUUUGCAACAGGCAAUACGCCUCAGAGCCUGUAUGCGAAUGCAGCCACCGAUAUGAUUGUGUAUGAAGCUCAGAACGAGCCCAAUUAUGUCCCAUCAGAGGUCGUGGCCGAAGAUAUUUCUGCAUUCGUACCCCAGGACCUACCCGAGAAUAUGCAGGUGAACAAUCAAUCUAGACUUGAAAAGGGAAAGCCUCGGGAAAGCAUUCCUCAAGAUCAUGUUUAUGGCAAUAAUGUACCCUUGGCAGAUGAACUAGAAAGACAGACUGGAAGUAGUGUUCACUUUGAUGAGAACUCAUCUACCAGACGCUCAAGAGAGAAGGAGCCCAGGAAAAUGGACUCGCACAGGGGAAACAGUCAUAGAAGAGAAUCUCACAGAGGCGACUCUCAUGGAAGGGAGCCUCGCAGAACGGACUAUCACGAGAAGAAGUCUCACAGAUCCGAGUCUCACAAGAAAGACUCUCAUAGGUCAGGCUCUGACAGAAAGGAUUCACACAGACCGGAGUCACGAAGAUCGGACCCUCACAGGAAAGAAUCCCACGGAAGAGACUCGAACAAGUCAUCAAAGAAGGAGGACUCUCACAAGAAAACCAUGAUAGAUGCUUCACCCGAAUAUGGGCGCAUCUCGUUGAGCAAGACUAUCAACCACUAUCUAAACCGCACUCCGUACAUCAGAACUCCGGUUGAAACAAAAAAGAGAGGAAAUUGA